AUGUUGAGGGUUUGGCACAAGCUAAAGAAGGCGCUCUCACUUAAGCGCAAGGAUCACGGUUCCCAGAAUGAGAUAUACCAUUUCAAUACACCGGUUAUUCCGCCGUUGCCGUCACCGUCGCCAUUCUCCUUAUCUCGUUUGCCCAACCCCACUGCACGUUCAUCCAAGGUAACAUGUGUAAUUUGCCUUGGAAGUAUGAAAGUUGGGAAAGGUAAGGCCAUAUUUACUGGUGAAUGCAGCCAUUCUUUUCACUUCAGCUGCAUCGGCGAAAAUGUUAAGAAUGGGAACCUCCUUUGCCCCAUCUGUAGAUGCAAAUGGAAGGAUAUUCCUUUCCAAUUUGCUACUGAUGUUGUUACUACAGAGCGUCAAGUUCGGGUGCUUUCGCCUGUUAAUGCCUCUCGUCCUUCACCAACAGUUUCUCGACCACCUCCCCGGCACGUCCAAUUUUCAGAUGGGGGCUUAAGUGAUAUAGACGUCAGUGUCUAUGAUAUAGGUUCAGACAUUCAGCACUCAGGUCGCGAUUAG